GUUGAGACUCCACUGAAUAAACUCUAGGUUCCCAUUUCUUUCAGUCAGAUCCUCCCAGGGAAUCACUACAGGCUGGUUAGCCAAAAAGUCCUGGUUUUCUGCUCAAUAGAGGUCCUUACUGGAAGGCAGCAUGUCCAAUGUUACCUUGAGAAAAAUGUCUCCCACAGGAAAUGAGAUGAAGAGCACCACUCUGGGAACCACACAGAAGCAGCAGGAUUUUCACGAGGUGAACAAAAGAAGAACUUUCUUACAGGAUAACAGUUGGAUAAAGAAACGCCCUGAAGAAGAAAAAGAUGAAAAUUAUGGUAGGGUGGUGCUCAACCGACAUAAUUCCCAUGAUGCAUUGGACAGGAAAGUAAAUGAGAGAGAUGUGUCAAAAGCUACAAUUAGUCGGUAUGGUUCUGAUGACACUUUGGACAGGAUCUCAGACAGAAAUGAUGCUGCUAAAACAUAUAAGGCCAAUACCUUGGAUAAACAACUAACCAAUAGGAGCACGUCCAUGUUUAGAUCACCAGAAGUAACAAAGUUGCAACCUGGCGGUUCAUUGAAUGCAAACACCUCCAACACCGUAGCAUCCACUUCUGCUACUACUCCUGUAAAAAAGAAGAGGCAGUCCUGGUUUCCACCGCCCCCUCCAGGUUACAAUGCCUCUUCAAGCACAGGAACCAGGAGACGGGAACCAGGUGUUCACCCUCCAAUACCUCCAAAGCCCAGUUCUCCUGUUUCUUCUCCUAACCAGCUGAGACGGGAUAAUAGGCAGAUACAUCCACCUAAACCGGGUGUAUAUACAGAAACCAACAGAUCUGCUGAAAGAAAUAUAAGGAGUCAGGAUCUUGAUAACAUCGUCAAAGUGGCCACUUCACUUCAGAUAACUGACAAAGGUGAAGAAUUGGAUAAUCUCAUCAAAAUGAACAAAAGCUUGAAUAGGAAUCAAGGUCUUGAUGGUCUCUUCAGAGCAAAUCCAAAGGUAGACGAAAGAGAGAAAAGAGCCAAAAGCCUUGAAAGUCUCAUCUAUGUGAGUACCCGGACAGAUAAAGAUGGCAAAGGAACCCAAAGCCUUGGAAGUCCAAUUAAAGUUAAUCAAAGGACUGACAAAAAUGAGAAAGGAAGACAGGAUCUCGAAUCUGUUGUUAAAGUGAAUGCCAGGAUGAAUAAAAUGAGCAGAAGAAGUGAAGACGUUGAUAAUGCUAUCAAAUUAAAUCCCAAAGGAAAUGAAAAUACCACUGGAAAACAAGACCUCGAUGGGCUUAUUAAAGUGGAUCCUGAAACAAAUAAAAAUAUUAGGAGGGGCCAGAGUCUUGACAAUCUCAUCAAAGUGACCCCUGAAGUAAACAGAAGUAACCAAGGUUCCAAAGACCUCAAUGACUUCAUCAAAGUGAAUCCAGGAACAGAAAAAAGUACUCAAGGGGGCCAAAGUCUCGACCGCCUCAUCAAAGUGGCUCCUGAAAGAAACACAACUCACCAAGGGAAUCAAGACUUGGACAAUCUUAUCAAAGUGAUCCCUUCAGCAAACAAAAGUGAACAAGGUCUUGAUGAACACAUUAAUGUCAGCCCCAAAGUUGUCAAAAACACUGAUGGAAAACAAGAUCUUGAUAAACUCAUCAAAGUGAAUCCUGAAAUUUUCACAAACAACCAAAGAAACCAAGAUCUUGCUAACCUCAUCAAAGUAAAUCCUGCAGUAAUCAGAAACAAUCAGAGCCAAGACUUGGACAAUCUUAUUAAAGUGAAACCUUCAGCUCUUAGAAACACUAAUCGAGACCAGAACCUGGAAAAAUUAAUUGAAGUAAAUUCUCAUGUUUCUGAAAACAAGAAUGGAAGCUCUAACACUGGAGCCAAGCAGGCAGGACCAAAGGAUACUGUUGUGUACACAAGGACAUAUGUGGAGAAUAGUAAAUCACCCAAGGAUGGAUAUCAGGAGAAUAUCUCCGGAAAAUACAUACAAACUGUUUAUUCAACUUCUGAUAGGUCUGUCAUUGAAAGAGAUAUGUGCACUUAUUGCCGAAAACCCUUGGGUGUAGAAACUAAAAUGAUUUUAGAUGAAUUACAAAUUUGCUGCCAUUCUACUUGCUUUAAGUGUGAAAUAUGCAAGCGGCCUUUGGAAAAUCUACAAGCGGGUGAUAGUAUUUGGAUUUAUAGACAGACAAUACACUGUGAACCUUGCUAUUCUAAAAUUAUGGCAAAGUGGAUUCUAUAACUCUGGCACAAGGAAAUCAAGAUGAAAAGCACUCAUUAAGGAAUUAAAAGUUACAAGUUUUAUCUUAAUAAUAUGUAAUCUAG